AUGAAAGUCCAUUGCCAAUUACCAACAAAUAAUAAUAAUAAUAAUGAAACAAUAGAUUUUGAAGUAGAUCAAGAUAAUACUUUAUUAGUAGAUUUAAAACAAAUGAUAUAUAAUAAAACUGGUACUCCAGUAAAUAGACAAUCUAUUGAAUUGGAAAAUAAAAAGUUACCACAUAGAUACGAUAAAAAGUCAAUAUCAAAACUCCACAUUAAUGAAUCAUCAAAUAUAAGAGUUGUUUAUGUUUUGGAAGGUGGCUGUUGCGGUGUUGGUUGUGAUAUUUGUGGUUGUGGUGGAAGUUGUAGAUGUUCAAUUCAAUAA